AUGGCCCAACCGCACAUCCCAGAUUUCGUCCACUUGAGUGACACCAUCUCCCUGUACAAACCCCCGCAGUCCAACGGCCACGCCGCUCCUUCCCCUCUCCACCCGGACGAACCAUCCCUCGUCGUCAUCUGCUCCUGGAUGUCGGCCAACCCCAAACACAUUGCCAAAUACACCGACGGCUACCGACGCCUCUACCCUCAAGCCGAGAUCCUGCUGGUUGAAGCCAGCCUCCCCUCAAUCUUCGUUGGUUCCGAUGUGAAGCCCGCCGUCGACUUCAUCGCAUCCCACAUCCAGGAUAAUCCGACGGAAUCGCACACCCAUCGGCCUGUUGUUCUGCACAUGUUCUCCAACGGCGGCGGGAACAAUGCUGCAGACUUAGCGUCUCGACUGUCCGAACGGCAUGGAAGUCUGGUCUUCUCCGCCACCAUCCUCGACAGCUGUCCCGGUCGAGGAGGGGUCUCGAGUGGCGCGGAGGCAAUGUCGUUUUCGCUGCCGAAGAACCCUGUCAUCCGCUUCAUCGGAUGGUAUGCCUUGUACGCUUUCACAGCGUGCUACGUUGGGACCGUGAUUGCGCUGGGUCUGGAAGACGCCAUCUCCCGGAUUCGACGGAUGCUGUUGGAUACGACGAUACUUCAUCCAAGUAUUCCGAGAUUGUAUCUAUACUCCAAGGGCGAUGCACUAGUCAACCCUGAGCAUGUUCAUGAGCAUUUCGAGGAGGCUAAGCGGACGGGCUAUGCGAAUGUUCGGGAGGAAGUGUUCACGACCGCUCCUCACUGUGCGAUGUUGAACGAGGACGCUGAGCGGUACUGGAACGCUGUCAGGGCUUGCUGCAGUGGUAAAGGGAAGGCUGCGAAUGGGAAGCUGGAACCAUAG